ACUCUCGUAAGUACUUGCUGGCCCGAGUUCUCUCACUGGUUAAGUGCUCUUUCACCACACGCCAACGCUCGAUCAUUGUGUAAUGUGACACCUCGUUUGCAUUUCCCUUUCUUCUUGCGCUCGCCGAGUCAAAGCUCCGUUGUCUGGAUCAAUUCGGUGUCUGAAUCAUCUCGGACUGGCUAUAUUCAACAUUCCUAGAGAUUGCGAGCGGACGUCUACCCAUAGACCCAACUAGUUUGCCUUACUUAUCAGUUGUUGCCAAUAAAGCUCACGUAACAAAACAGCAAAGCGACAUCGUGCUUGCCCGGUGUGGCGCCGGUCGGUGGCUCACAAUCGCGGCCAAUUUACACAUUAUAGUACCCGCCUGGAGUGUUCUCACAUAGGACCAGUACCGGCACACGCGCUGGAUAUAUUGUAAAUGGCAACCUCUUCAAAGAACCUAUCAGACACCUGCUCUUGGAUCUUUCUGCGACAAUGAAAGCCUUCUCUCGUUCUUGGUGAAACUUACUCGAACGCAGUAUUGGCCUAGGAUUGAACAACGAACUUACCUUCAACUUCGGGUUCCAUUACUCAGUGCGCUGCAGCAGCACGUCGAGUCUUUGAACGGACUUGUGAUCGACCGCACCAUCAGCGUCAUCCGGGGAUAGUUAAUUGUGUGACACUGGUUAGCGUUGAAUGUGCAGCCCCAUUUCAAACCAGGUGUUGCCACAAACGAUAAAAACAACGGCAUUCUUGACAUGUUGUCUAAUGAUCGGUGACACCCUGACAAUGGAUCGAUAACCUGCAAAUUUAACUGGCUCUGGCUCUCCCUCUAGCUUCCUUCAGCACAGCGCUACGUUUUCGAUCAUUACUAGCUAUAUCAUGAUUGGAGUUGCGAGUGUAGGUCUCUCGAGGCCUUUCUUGACCUCUUGCUGUCUAAGAAACAUUCUUCAGGCGUGGACCUGGGAUGUAUUGUUAUCAUUCGCCAGCGAAAUCCGCAUGUUCUGGAAGCAUGAGUUUCCAACCCUACCGGAUGUUGUGUGUCUCUUAGCAUGUAUUACAACGGCCGGAUACCUCAUUGCCAUGCCCCUUCUAGCAGUAGCACCUUUCAGCUGCUACACUCUGACGAAGACCGCUGAUUGGUUUGGAGCGUUGGCACUUCCGUGUAACUCACUGCUGUUUCUCCUCCGUGUUAAGGCUGCAUUCCAUGAGUCGCGCUGGAUCUCUGGAGCAUUCUGCGUCCUCUGGCUCUCCACCUUGGGUUCGUUUACAGGACCUUUCACUAUCGAUGCCGUCAAUAUCGAUGGGCUACAUUGCGUCCUUGAUGUUCAACGCCUCAGCGCAUUUGGGUUUCUGGCUGUUGCCGUCUUCGACAUCAUUGUCUUCCUAGCGAUCUCUAUUCAGGUGGUCACAUAUGCGGAAUGGGAUGAGAACUAGCAAGGCCGAAUGAGAUCCUUCAUCAGUGGAAAGAGUCUCGGCCAUGUGUUCGGAGCUGUGCUACAAACGGGCCAAUUAUACUAUCUGUCAGUGCACGACAUGACUUGAUCUCGAUCGAAUUAUUGCUCGUCGUCUUUAAAGGGCCUCUGUUGGCGUGACGAUGGCUGCCAUGGUCGUCCUUCUCCUUCCCUCCGUCCCAUCUAUCAUCCGAGCAUCCAUGGCGAUUCCCAGCCUUGCAAUCCAGAACGCAAUGGCUUGUCGCGUCUUGUGGAAUCUAUGACAAGGGGCAAUUUAUGAGCGGCCUUCAUCGCUUCCGUCACGUUGUACUGUGCUUCAAACUCCAGUUCCACGGUUCAUCUGCAACGAGUCCCCAGGCGAAGGCAGUACAAACGGAAACGCCACUAGUGUGUAGAACUUCGGGACCGAAUCGUCUGAUCGUUUAAAGAGCCGUACAUACCAUACCUCUCACGACGUCACCGGUCCCUGGCAGGCUGAAGAGGCGACCGAAGGCUGUUCUCAAAGGAUGCGUAGGGCUGGGUAUUGGACGAGUGUUCCCAUGUGCAUGAUCUCGUUUUAGAUCAUAUGUGGACGAUCGGCUAUGUCGGAAAGUAACAUGGUAGGAUGGCUUCUACUAGUACUUGGCAAGUGCAGCUGCAAGUCGUCAAGAUGGAUGUAGGAUGAAAUGUCCUGAACCCACUCUACUCUUCCCAAUUCCCCUUACAAUUAUUGCGGAGCUCAACAUAUCAAGCUUAAUAGCGUCUCGAAUCCGACUCAUCGUAGCAGCACAGUACCCAUUUAUCACCAUCCAGGAAACUCUGAUAAUUUGGAUAUCCCUGAGCGUUGUUAUCGUCAAUAGAACGGGAUACUAUUAUCCUUAGAUCGCAUUACUUUGUAUCGGUCAAUAUAUACUAUCUUUUCUCAAGC